UUGCAGUGUGUGUGUGAGAGAGUUGUGAGAGCGCGCGCGUGUAUAUAGCAGUGAAAGCAGAAGGCGGAGUUGGCACAAGGUCGCUCGAGCAUCACGCGCAGCUAGCUAGCGAUCAGAUCAUCACUCCGAACCGCAUCCGGUACCUCAGCGGCGCUCCGUUAAACACGAGCUCAUGCCUCCCUCGCGGGUUCGGUAAUCUGGAUUUGUGUGAAGUCACAGCCUGACUGACUGACUGACUGAACCCGCGAGCGGAAACCGGACGAGUCUUUCCGUUCACUCUGUACGUUAGUAGUGAGCGCGCGCGCGCGCGAGCUGCCUCUAGUGAUAAAAGCGAAGCGCGUGGCAGCAUCCCCGCAUUCCCCCGGGCCCGGUAGCCAUGUCCGCGCUGCCCGGCUCCUCCUCUCCGACACCGGCACAAGCCCCGCAGCAGGAGAUGGACUUCCUGAGCUCGAACAGCGACAAAGCAGCGUCCGGUCCGACCCCGAGUCAGAGCCGCUUUCAGGUCGAUCUGGUAGCCGAGGCGGCCGGCAGCAGCGAUCAGACCGGCGCUCCGUCCCCGCACGCGGAGGAUGAGGACACCGGCAGAGCGCGCGCUGAUGAAGAGGCGAAGGGCCGCUUCCGCGUGGUGAACUUCGCGGACGCCGGCGGGGCCCCGAGUCCGGACGCGGCUCCCGGUGACGGCCUGCAGAACGGCGACACGGCACUGAGUGAAGGCAGCAUUCACUCCUCCACCGGCGGCCAGCAGCACCACCACUACGACACGCACACCAACACCUACUACCUGCGCACCUUCGGCCACAACACCAUCGACGCCGUGCCCAAGAUCGACUUCUACCGGCAGACUGCGGCACCACUGGGCGAGAAACUCAUCAGACCCACCCUGUCUGAACUGCAUGAUGAGCUGGAUAAGGAGCCAUUUGAGGAUGGAUUUGCCAAUGGCGAGGACCUGACUCCUGCUGAAGAGGCUGCAGCCAAAGAGGCAGCGGAGCCCAAAGGGGUUGUGAAGUUCGGAUGGGUCAAAGGAGUGCUGGUCCGCUGCAUGUUGAACAUUUGGGGUGUGAUGCUCUUCAUCCGCAUGACAUGGAUCGUGGGCCAGGCUGGAAUUGUGUGUUCCUGCAUCAUCAUCGCCAUGGCGACCGUUGUGACCACCAUCACGGGUUGCUCCACCUCAGCCAUAGCAACCAAUGGUUUUGUACGCGGAGGAGGGGCGUAUUAUUUGAUAUCUCGAAGUUUAGGCCCCGAGUUUGGUGGCUCGAUUGGCCUCAUCUUCGCAUUUGCCAACGCUGUGGCAGUGGCCAUGUACGUCGUGGGCUUUGCUGAGACGGUCGUUCAGCUUCUUCAUGAUUCUGAGCUCAUAAUGCUGGAUUACCUUAAUGACAUCCGAAUUGUAGGAGUCAUCACCGUCAUUAUCCUACUUGGGAUCUCUGUAGCAGGCAUGGAAUGGGAGGCCAAGGCUCAGAUCUUCCUGCUGUUCAUCUUGAUCACUGCCAUCUUCAACUACUUUAUCGGCUCGUUCAUCCCCAUUGAAUCAAAGCAAGAGCAAGGAUUCUUCGGUUAUGAUUCUGCCAUCUUAUUGGAGAAUUUAUUACCGGACUUCAGAGGCGAGACCUUCUUCUCCGUCUUUGCCAUCUUCUUCCCUGCAGCUACUGGCAUUCUGGCUGGUGCGAACAUCUCCGGAGACCUUGCGGAUCCACAAAUGGCAAUCCCAAGAGGAACCCUUUUAGCCAUUCUUAUCACAGGCAUCGUCUACGUAGGGGUUGCUAUAAGUUCAGGAGCCUGUAUUGUGCGGGAUACCACAGGAUCGAAGAUCAAUGAGACUUUAGGGCAAAACUGCACGGGACUUGAAUGCAGUCUUGGUUAUGAAUUCUCUGCCUGCAAACCUGUGAACAAAACGGAGUCCAAUUGUAAAUAUGGACUCCACAAUGACUUUCAGAUUAUGAGUGUGGUGUCAGGUUUCGGCCCCCUCAUCUCAGCCGGGGUCUUCUCUGCAACCCUCUCGUCUGCCUUGGCCUCUCUGGUCAGCGCCCCCAAAGUGUUCCAGGCUUUAUGUAAAGACAACAUUUACCCUGGCAUUGCUGGUUUUGGGAAAGGCUACGGCAAGAACAACGAACCCCUGCGUGGCUACUUCCUCACGUUUGGUAUCGCCCUGGCCUUCAUCCUUAUUGCUGAGCUGAAUGUCAUCGCACCAAUCAUUUCUAACUUCUUCUUGGCCUCCUAUGCCCUAAUCAAUUUCUCAGUGUUCCACGCCUCUUUGGCAAACUCCCCUGGAUGGAGGCCCAGCUUUAAGUACUACAACAUGUGGGUGUCUCUGGCUGGAGCUGUGCUCUGCUGUGUAGUUAUGUUCGUCAUCAACUGGUGGGCUGCCCUCCUGACCAACGUCAUCGUCUUAUCCCUCUACAUCUACGUCAACUACAAGAAGCCAGAUGUGAACUGGGGCUCUUCCACCCAGGCGCUGACCUACCACCAGGCGCUCACACACAGCCUGCAGCUCUGCGGCGUCGCCGAUCACAUCAAAACCUUCAGGCCGCAGUGUUUGGUGAUGACUGGAGCCCCCAACUCUCGUCCAGCUCUACUCCAUCUGGUUCAUGCCUUCACCAAGAAUGUUGGCCUGAUGGUGUGCGGCCAUGUGCGAACUAGCUCACGGAGGCCCAACUUUAAGGAGUGGAACAGUGACCUGCUGCGCUACCAGCGCUGGCUUCUCAACAACUCCAAAGCUUUUUACACCCCUGUGAUUGCAGAAGACCUCCGUCUGGGCACCCAGUACCUACUGCAGGCUGCUGGACUCGGGAGACUGAGACCCAACACACUGGUGCUUGGCUUCAAGAACGACUGGAAGAAUGUAGAUAUGAAAGACACCGAGACCUACAUUAAUAUGAUACAUGAUGCUUUUGACUUCCAGUACGGUGUGGUCAUUCUCAGACUGAGAGAAGGGCUCGAUAUUUCCCAUAUUCAAGGCCAAGACGAUACCUCGGGCAUGAAGGACGUGGUGGUGUCGAUCGAUAUGAGCAAAGACUCAGACGGCGACUCGUCCAAGCUCUCAUCCAAGACCACAAGCGUUCAGAAUAGUCCAGCUGUCCAGAAAGAUGAUGACGAUGAUGGUAAAGCUCCUACACAGCCCCUGUUGAAAAAAGAUAAAGCGAGUCCCACUGCACCGCUGAAUGUGGUUGAUCAGAAGCUGCUGGAGGCCAGUCAGCAGUUUCAGAAGAAGCAGGGAAAAGGAACAGUGGACGUCUGGUGGCUGUUUGACGACGGUGGUCUCACGCUGCUCAUUCCGUACCUGCUUACCAACAAGAAGAAGUGGAAGGAUUGUAAGAUCCGGGUGUUUAUUGGGGGCAAGAUCAACAGGAUCGACCAUGACCGCAGAUCGAUGGCCACACUGCUCAGCAAGUUCAGGAUAGAUUUCUCGGAUAUCACCGUCCUCGGAGACAUCAAUACAAAACCCAAGACUGAGAGAUUGGAGGAAUUUUCCCAGAUGAUCGAGCCUUAUAAGCUGAAAGAGGACGACAUGGAGCAGGAGGCAGCGGAGAAGCUGAAGGCCGAUGAGCCUUGGAGAAUUUCCGAUAAUGAGCUGGAGCUUUACAAGGCCAAGAGCAAUCGUCAAGUCAGACUGAACGAGCUCUUGAAAGAGCACUCAAGCACAGCCAAUCUCAUCGUCAUGAGUAUGCCCUUGGCCAGAAAAGGAGCAGUGUCCAGUGCUCUGUACAUGUCCUGGUUGGACACCCUGUCCAAGGACCUCCCUCCUAUUCUCUUGGUUCGUGGCAACCACCAGAGCGUCCUCACAUUCUACUCUUAAACGAUUGAUUUAUCACUGAUCUCGUAAAGCACACCUUGAUGAUAUGCCGACGCUUAACCCUAAUAUACGCACACCAACACGAUGAAGGUAGAUUACCUGGGACUGUCAGGUAAUGAAUGUGAUGGACAAGUGGAUGAUACAGAGACUGAGAGCAUCUUCUUUGGCAAGGUCUUCGUUUUUUGUAACUCAGUGAUGUCGUCUGCCACUGAGAAAUUACACGGAGACUGUAAACGAGAAUUUCGGAAAUGCUUCAUCCAGGCAACGGAAAACAACACGAGAAACCUGUACGAUGAUUUAAGGUCACAGUUUCUUUGGCUCACAGGUAUCUGAGCAUGAAAUACUUAUUGUUCUGAUCACCAUUAGCAUCAUUAGAAUCAUUACAAUAAAUUGUGGAGAUUAUAAAUAUAUUGAUAUUUUGCUUUCUGAAGCAGCAAUAAUCACCCUAAGUUCCUUUUUGCUUACUUAGGAGAAAACCAUGCAGAAUGCUUCAACACCUUUUAUAGCCUUAUAGAUGUGCCUUCCAGUUCAAUCAAAUUAGAUUAUUCAACUUUGCCCUGAUGUAAUCUUAAGCAAAUACAGAUGGUACGUUUCAAAUUGGGAUUUCAAUGAUUUUUUUUUUUGAUGCUGGUGGACUGGCAUUGGCGUUGGUUUCCACUCCUUAGCAUUUAAAAAAAAGGUUCUGGUUUCUUUCCUGACAAGGUCACCUCCUCCUCCCCUGUUGCCUUUUAUCCUUUAUUUUUCACAUUUCAGGUCUUCCUUUAAACUGUGAAAUGGGUUUUAGUGUUCUUAGCGUAGUACCCGCCACUAAUCCUGGAUGUGAAUUGAAAUGUACAGUUGAAGGGCACUCUAAAACAGAACACUGUAGAACUUGAUCCCUCAAGGGCAGACGAACAGCCUAUGGCUUUAAGAUGACAGGUUCUUGUCUGAAAGGACGUUGUCCCAAAUAGCGGGGCAUCAAAGCUGUUAUAAAACGACGGACACUCAAAGAACAAUCAACCAAAUACGAUGUAACCUCUUGAACAUGCAUUUACCUAAUUCCACAAACCUGCAGGUUCUGCUAUAGAGGAUGACUUUGCCUUAAAAGCAGAACACCUACUUCUGUCUUAUAAGCCAUACUGGCUGGAUGAUUUGAUGAGCAGGUAAAUGCAGAUGUAGACGGAUCAAUAGAUGCUUGAAUAUAGAAUGUGUAAUUGUCGGUUGUCUUUUUUUUUUUUCUUUCUUUCUUCCUUCCUUCCCCACUUAAUCUGUCUUAAAUUUUCUCCCAUAGAGUGGGCCGUGUUCUUCGUACAGUCCAGAGUUGUAGCUAAAGAGUAAGGCUUUUCAGUGAGCCGCAUCAAUAUCCACGUCGUAACUUGGAUAUAAACCAACCCUCCCUUUUAUUGUUACAGCAUUUUGUUAUAUUAGCGUAAAUUUAGGGGCUUCCCUGUCUUGUGUAGUGUAAUGUAGUUCUCGAGGCCUGUUUUGAAGCCAUUCUACUGUUUUCAGAAUGUAUUGAAGAGUUGACCGAGGUAAUGAGUGUUGUCCACGUGGCGGUGGUGGAUGGGAUGCAGAAGUACCUCUAUGCAGGUGAACCAGGAUGAGUUUCCCAGUCAGUCAUUUCUCAUGACAUUGAUGGUAAUAAAGUGACUCAUCCAGGCUCAGGAUUGAAACCCCCCCCCAAAAAAAAACUGCAAUGCGUUUAACAUAUUCAUUGUUCAUUACCAUUUGUCAGCGGGACCAGACGAAACUGAGAUUUGAAGAUACUGAUGCGAAUUCUGUGACCACAGUUCUACCCAGUCGGGCAUUUAAGAAAAAAAAAAAUUUGCCUUACAAUGCAACGAAAUUCUACAAUAAAUUAACGGUUAUUUACACAAAUAUCUUUUCCAACUUCCUGCACUUACGGUCUUCAUCAAAUGUGAUUCGUUGCUUUAAAUGUGAUUUGAAUGUUAACAGUAAUGCUGAAAAAGUUUUCUGUCCACACAUUUUAGCACAGUCAUUUUUUUUUUUUUUCCCAGCAACAAGACAUGCUUAAUGGUGUGGGUUUGUUGGGCACUUUGUACUAUAAAUACCUACACAACUGCAUCUCUACAAUGUGUGUUCAUCGCCCAUCACCGUGUGAGAAAUAUGCCAUGCACAAUUGAAUUAAUAUACUCCUAUUUAUAAUGCGCUCGCUCUCUCUCUAUAUAUAUAUAAAUAUAUAUAUAUAUACUCUAGUGUGUAAACAGAAUUUGUAUUUAGUACGUGUGACACGUGUACAAUGUACCAAUCACCUACUGUGUAUUUGUACAUAAGUGUGCUAAAUGUAUAGCUACACGUUGCUGUGGCAGUAGAGGCUACAGUACCAUGGGAUAACGGGGCACGUCGUAUGUACCCUUCACAGCUGUUUGUGUGCUAGACCUUUCAGAUCGUGUUUCCGAAGUUGCUGCAUUCUAUCAGCCUACUGGUCCAUGUGUACCCAAAGCCUAGUCCUGCUCACUCCGACCAAGCUGGGAGUCCUGACACAUGACACAAAGCAGGAGUCAGCUUUGUAGCUCCUAAGUCUAGUUCACACUGUAUUUCUUUACUAACUUGUAAAUACAUUCUAGCCUAACCAGAUAAAUUAAGGGAGUGGAGAAAUAAUUGCAAAAUUAAUCUUUAGAAAUGAAUAUUUAUUUUAGUUUAGAUUUUUUUUUUCCCCUUUGUUUAAAUUAAUUGCAUGUUGAUUUUGUUUCUUUCUUUGGUUACUUUGAAAAACUUUGUUCUUCCUUUUUUUGUGUCUAUAUUUCUAUCUUUUAUAUGCCUUUUAAAGAAGAGAUUUGGCACAUGGUUGAGUUUUUGCUCAAACAAAAAGGGUGGAUCUAAUGGAUCGUAGUUGGAAGAGUAAUGUUUUUUGAUAUAUUGUACUGUUAAUUGUCACAAAUGAUUUUUCUAACAUUUUACCAUUUAAGGUUACCAAUACUUUGUACAUCUUUAUUGCAAUAAAUAAAUAAAAAAAAAUCAAAUGUAAACUCGA